AAGCUCCGUCCAUUUAUUCUACACCACACCACUCUUAUUAUAGAGAUGUGUGGCUCUGCAGCUAGCUGGCAUUAUAGUUGAACACAUCAAAGAAAUUAUACUCAAUUUAUAGAAAGACAGACAAAGACUGAGUGAUUGAGUCAUAGUUGAGACUUUCUUGAUAUCUGAAAUUUGAGAUGAAGAGCUGUGAGGAAUGGAACCCUGUAUUUGCAAUGAUAGGGGUUGAUUUUGGGUUUGCGAUAGCGAACAUACUUCUGAAAAAAGUCGUUGAUGGUGGAAUGAACCAUUUGGUCUUCAUUACCUACCGCCAGUCAAUUUCAACCAUCUUUUUAGCCCCAAUUGGCUACUUUUCAGAAAGGAACAGCAGACCGAAGCUGACAUUUGGUAUCUUAUGUCAUCUUUUCUUGAGUGCAAUUGUGGGGGCAUCCCUCACGCAGUACUUUUUCCUCCUUGGAAUUCAAUACACAUCUGCUACUUUCUCCUGCGCUUUCAUCAACAUGGUGCCAGUAGUCACAUUUCUCAUGGCACUACCAUUUGGGUUGGAGAAAGUGCAGCUAAAAGGCAGUGAUAGUGGUAGUAGUGGAGGAAGAGCCAAAGUGGUAGGUGCACUAGUGUGCCUUGGAGGUGCAAUGAUAUUAACCCUUUACAAAGGAAUGCCAUUAUUUAACCAUUCACAUGAAUCAUUGUGGCAAGGUGGAGCUGGAAAUAUAGAUCAAGUUCAUGAUCAUGUAAUGGUACUGAGCUCGGGGAGAAGGAAAGAGAGAUGGACGAUCGGUUCAAUGGCAUUGAUGGCUGGUACACUGCUGUGGUCUUCAUGGUUCCUUAUUCAAUCGAAUAUUGUGAAGAGAUACCCAUGUCAGUAUUCAAGCACGGCCAUCAUGUCUUUCUUUGCUGCCAUUCAAUCGACUGUCUUAGCUUUUUCCAUAAACAGAAGAAACCUUUCCAUUUGGGCUCUCAACGGCAAAAUGGAAUUCUUAACCGUCUUCUAUGCUGGGAUGGUAGGAUCAGGUUUGUGCUAUGUGGGGAUGUCAUGGUGCGUCAAGAAAAGGGGUCCCCUCUUCACUGCUGCAUUCAGUCCCCUUGUUCAGAUAAUGGCAGCCAUGGUUGACAUUCCCAUCCUCCAUGAACAGCUUCAUCUUGGAAGCUUGGUGGGAUCAGUUACUGUAAUUGCUGGAUUGUACAUUCUUCUGUGGGGUAAGAACAAAGAAAUGCAAAAUUGUGCAACCAAAGUAGCCAGCAAGGAUGGAGAGCCACCCUUAGCCUUACAAGUCAUCGUCAAUUCUAUCGAUUGUGACUCUCGCCAUCCUUGAGCCCCUCUACCGCUCUUAGUUUCAUUUGUCAUUUUGAUUCACUAGAAAAACGCCAUUGGGGUUUAUCUGUCCUUGUUCUAUCUUAUAUGUACCUGAAUUUUAUUUCAAAAUACUUACGAUAAAUGUAGUUCAUAAUUUAAAAUAUGUAAUAUUAUAUUAAGUAGGGUUAUGAAGUUUGAAAGCAAAAAUAUUCUUUUUA